CAAUAGGUCAUAGGAUUAGGGGCUUCAUUAGGCUGCGGUCGUAUUUGAAGCCCCUUUACCAAACGCAGCAGAAACGAAAAGCGAGAGGUUUAACAACGAAUCGGAAUUUCCAGAGAGCAAUGGCGAUGGCGAGCUUGGCGCGGCGGAAGGCCUACCUUCUCUCCAGAAACUUGUCCAACAUGUCAUCGGAGGCCGUCAGGUACUCCUCCCUCACCUCCUUCUCCAGGGGCUUCGCCUCCUCGGGAUCUGACGAGAACGACGUCGUCGUCAUCGGCGGCGGUCCAGGCGGAUACGUGGCGGCAAUCAAGGCCGCGCAGCUCGGCCUUAAGACCACCUGCAUCGAGAAGCGCGGUGCUCUUGGCGGUACCUGCCUUAACGUCGGAUGCAUACCCUCCAAGGCGCUUCUUCAUUCCUCUCACAUGUUCCAUGAAGCUAAGCAUGCAUUUUCGCAUCACGGAGUGAAGUUCUCCAAUGUCGAGAUAGAUUUGCCUGCCAUGAUGUCCCAGAAAGACAAAGCUGUUUCCAAUCUUACUCGAGGAAUUGAAGGGUUGUUCAAGAAGAACAAGGUCACUUAUGUUAAAGGUUAUGGAAAGUUCAUCUCCCCGUCCGAAAUUUCAGUGGACGCCAUUGAUGGUGAGAAUACAGUUGUGAAGGGAAAGAAUAUCAUAAUUGCCACCGGUUCUGAUGUCAAGUCUUUACCCGGAAUUACCAUUGAUGAGAAGAAGAUAGUAUCAUCCACAGGAGCUCUGGCUUUGCAGGAAAUCCCAAAGAAACUUGUGGUGGUUGGAGCAGGAUAUAUCGGCCUAGAGAUGGGCUCUGUGUGGGGCAGACUUGGUUCUGAGGUAACUGUUGUUGAGUUUGGACCUGAUAUUGUCCCAACAAUGGACUCGGAAAUCCGCAAGCAGUUUCAGCGUUCCCUUGAGAAGCAAGGGAUGAAGUUCAUGCUCAAAACAAAGGUGGUUGGAGUUGAUACCUCUGGAGAUGGUGUGAAGUUGACUCUUGAACCAGCAUCCGGAGGCGACCAGACAUCCUUUGAAGCUGAUGUUGUUCUUGUAUCUGCUGGUAGGGUUCCAUUCACAUCUGGGCUUGAUUUAGACAAGAUAGGAGUUGAAAUGGACAAGGGAGGGAGAAUUUUAGUGAAUGAGAGGUUUUCUACAAAUGUCUCGGGUGUUUACGCAAUUGGAGAUGUUAUUCCUGGACCUAUGUUGGCCCAUAAGGCAGAAGAGGAUGGGGUUGCAUGCGUGGAGUUCUUAGCCGGUAAGGUUGGCCAUGUAGAUUAUGACAAGGUCCCUGGGGUCGUCUACACUCACCCUGAGGUUGCAUCUGUUGGAAAAACUGAGGAACAAGUGAAGGCCUCUGGCGUUGCAUACCGAGUUGGAAAGUUCCCUUUCAUGGCAAACAGCAGAGCCAAGGCAAUAGACAAUGCUGAAGGACUCGUCAAGAUAUUGGCCGAGAAGGAAACAGAUAAGAUAUUGGGAGUUCAUAUCAUGGCAUCCAAUGCCGGAGAGCUCAUUCACGAGGCGGCCAUAGCCUUGCAGUAUGAUGCAUCGAGUGAGGACAUUGCACGCGUUUGCCAUGCACAUCCAACCAUGAGCGAGGCGUUGAAGGAAGCUGCCAUGGCUACAUAUGACAAGCCCAUUCACAUCUAGAAAAGUCAUUACUUGAUUAAUCUUCGUUUUCAAUUUUUGUUUUUAAGAAUUUUGGAACGACUUGGUAAGAAGUUUCCAUUUAGUUGUUUUAGCCUUCAUCGAAGGUGGCAGAUAAAAGCGCUUGAAAACAAGGUUGGUGUUUUGUUCACCUUUCCCUAUGGCGAUGUCAAGGGAAUAACUCUCUAUGCUCUCGCAUCUCACUGUGAAUAACAACAUAAGGAUUGUUACCCA